AUGAAUAACAAUACGUAUGAGUAUAAGGAAUCACAACAACUAAAGUAUAAUAACAACCUUACAAAUGAAAGAGAUAUAUAUUACUCAGGUAUAGUAAACGAAUAUGGUAAUGUCAGUGGGAAUACUUCAGUAUAUGUAAAUAAUGAUAUGGGUGAAGGAAACAUGAACAAUGGCUUUAUUGUUGAAAGAGCAAAUCAGUAUGAUCGUAAAAAUGUAUCUAUGAAUAAUAAGGGUGAUUAUUCCAUGGACUCAUUUAACCACAACAACAACAACAAUAAUAAUAAUAAUAAUAAUAUUAAUAUUAAUAGUAAUAGUAAUAAUAGUAACAUUAAUAACAAUAGUAAUAAUAAUAACAAUAAUAAUAAUGUGGUGUAUUUUAAUAAUAAUAAUAAUAAUAAUAAUAAUAAUUGUAGUAAUGAUACUUCUAGUAGUAACAAUAUUACAAAUGUGAAUAUUUGUGAGAACAUGUUAAGACAACCUAGUCGCUCCUAUGAACAACAACCUGUGAUGGAAAGUAAUCGAAACGAUAUGUGCUAUUAUCUACCAGGCGCAUCACGACAUUCUUUUAAUUUUAGAGAUAAUAACUUAAAUUCUAAUAAUAAUGAUGAGAAGAAUUGUAGGAGUGGUAAAAUAAUAGGUGAACCUUUCCCUUUAGAUGUAGUAUCACGAAACAAAUAUUGUGUUGAAAAAGGAAUCUAUGGUCCUAAGUUUAGUAAGUCUUUUGAGAAUACUAACAUAUCUAAUGAUAAUAUUAUUAAUAAUAGAAGUAAUACAACUGUAAGUAAUGUUAGCAGUACUUGUAGUAUUGGUACACUGGGGAAUGUGGGUAGUAUAGGUAGCAUCGGGAACAUAGGAACACUUUCAAAUAAUAAAUUUAAUAUACAUAACAAUAAUAAUAAUAAUAAGUUGGGUGGUGUUAAAGAAAAUGAUAUGAAGGGAGACGAAAGUAAAAUGACAAAUAAUUCUGGUGAUUAUAACAAUAUUAUGUUAUCUGUUAUGCAAAGAAAUAAUAGUAAUAGUAAUAGUAAUAAUAAUAGUAAUAGUAAUAGUAAUAAUAAUAAUAAUAUACAAACAGAUUAUGAAACGUUUGAAAAUUUUGAUAAAGUAGAUCGAACUACACAUAAUUAUAAUAACGAGAGAUUAAUAAAAAGUACUCAUUUAUUAAAUGAACAAAAUAAUAUUUCAACAAAUGGGAAAUAUCAAAGUUAUCACUCGAAAAGUACAACAAAUCUUAAUUCGUCCUUUUCAUCUUUUAUGCAUAAUGAUUAUAAAAAUUGUAAUGAUACCUAUCCUGUAACAACUGUUGAAUUUCCAAACGAUAAUAAAAUGAACAUAACGAAAUGUACACCAAAUAUAAAUUCGAGUCUAACAGGAAUUAGUAGUUAUGAAACCGUGAGCUCUCUUAACGACAACAAUAUGUUUGUUUUUGAGAAAAAAAAUGAAAUUAUGAAGGAACCUACGAGAGAUAGAAAUAUGAAUGACAUUGUAAUGAGUGGACGAACAAAUGAAGAAAAUUUUGUAAGUAUGAAUAUGUCGAAUGAAAAGAGUUGUAAUUUAUAUACAGCAAAAAGUAAUACUGUGAUGUUUCCAAAUGGAAACUAUGAAAUGAUGCAUGCAGAGGGUAGAUAUAAUGUGGUAGAUGUAAACGAGGAUACAUAUGAUAACAAAAUAUCUACAGAUAUAAAAAAGGUAAAUAUCACCGAUGGUAAUAACAAUAAUAAUAAUAUUAAUAGUGAGUACCACUUUGAAAGUUGUAACAAAUACCUGAAUGUCGAAAAUAAUUAUGAUAAUAAAAAUGAUCAACUAGAUAUUCAAAAAGAUUGUAGUUUUUUGUCAGCUGAAGAAUUUGACGAAGAUAUUUUAAAAAAUGGAGAAAUGAAAAACAUUAGUGAUAUAGACGAGACCGAAGGUAUGGAUGAUAUAAAGGACAUGGAUGAAUUAGAAGACGUGAAUGAUGAAGAAGACAUGAUGGAGGCUGUAGAUCAAUCAUAUGAACAUUCAGAUAAAGAGAAGGAAUGUCCUGCUAAUUUGUUGAAUCAAAAUAAUAGUAAUGUGUUGUAUGAUGAAUAUAGGGUUCAUGCAGAAGAAUAUGGAUUGAUGAAGAUUCAUAGGAAUAACGAUACAUCACAAAUGAAGGAUAUUAAAGUAAAGCAAGAGAUGGACGCAAUUAGCACAAACAAUAUAAAUAUAAAUAAUAAUAAUAAUAAUAAUAAUAAUAAUAACCACCACAACAACAGCAAUAAUAAUAUUAUUAAUAAUAAUAAUAAUUGUAACAUUACUGGGGUUGGUAGUUUUCAUAAUAAUAAAUUUAAUAAUGAAGAUAAUAAAAAUGUAGAAGAGAACUCAAACCUGACGACUCAACAUGAUCAAUUAACAUCAUUUUAUUUUAACUCAUCGGAAAAUAAUAAAAAUAAGUCCGGUGAAAAAGAUAUUGAAGAGAAUGAUAAGAAUUCACAAGAAGAUAUGAAAAAGUACAAACCUAAGGUUCAAACAAAAAUAAGAACAAAAUUAAAAUUAAGAAUGAAAGAUGAUGAUAAAUUAAAUAAAAAAAGGAAAAAGAAAAUACCUGGAAGAAUAUAUAAAGUUAUUGUAAGAGGUAAAGAAUGUUGGAGAGCCGAAUGGUUAGUACAUUCAAAGAAUGAUGAUUUAAGAACAUUACAUCCAAAACUUGCAGGCUUAAAUAAUGACAAGUUAAAUUUCCAUGCAUAUAAUAAACAUUUUAAUAAUCCAUUUAAUAAUAAUUUUGAUAAUAAUGGUGGUGAUGAUGAUGAUGGUGGCGAUAUGAAUAAUUCGAAAGAUAAGAAAAAUAAUUUAAAAAAAAAAAGUAAACAAUUCUCUGUAUCUGUAUAUGGUCAUGAAAAUGCAAGAUUAUUUGCAUUAUUCGAAUUAAUUAAGUAUAAUUGUGUCCCAGAUAGUUUAAAGGAAGAGGCAACUAUAUGUAUACAUAAUAUCAAGAAAAAUUUACUUAAUUCUGAAAAGUCUUCUAAUAAGUCUUUUAAUGGACCAUUUUUACAAUUUUUACUUUCUGACGAAAAUAAUGAAUAUUCCUCUAUGUUUUAUAAAAAGUUGGGUAAUAACCCAGUGCACAACUAUAACAAGUUUAAUCACAAUAAUGAUAAUAAUAAUAAUAAUAUUAAUAAUAACAACAACAAUAAUAAUAUUAACAGUAAUAAUAAUAAUAAUAAUAAUAGUAGUAGUAGUGGUAGUAUUCAUAAUAUUAAUAGUACUGGAGGUAAUAAUAAUAAUUGGUAUGGAAGGAAUGCUGGAAGUUCUCUUAGUGAAGGUAAUAUAUAUAAUCAUCUUAACGUAGGAUUUAAUGCUAACAUUAAUAGUAUGAAAAAUAUGAAUAGUAUGAAAAAUUUGAAUAAUAUGAAUAAUAUGAAUAAUAUGAAUAGUAUGAAUAAUGUGAACAAUAUGAAUAAUGUGAACAAUAUGAAUAAUGUGAACAAUAUGAAUAAUGUGAACAAUAUGAAUAAUGUGAACAAUAUGAACAAUAUGAACAAUAUGAACAAUAUAAACAAUAUGAACAGUAUGAAUAAUAAUAACAGUAAUAGUAUAAAUCAUAUUAAUACUAAUUAUUUAAAUCAUCUUACUAAUAAUUUGAGUCAUCAUAAUAAUCAUAUGAAUCAUCACACAAGUAAUUUAAACCAUAUAAAAGGUUAUACAAAUGAUAACUAUAGUAAUAACUCUGAGAUAAGUCAACCAAUGAAAGAUAAAAAGGAAAAUUUGAACAGCAUGAUAUUACUGAAUGAUAAUAAUAGUAAUAAUGGUAGUAGUAAUAAUUAUUAUAGUAAAAUAAAUUACAUAAAUAAAACGGACGGUUCUUUUAAUCCACCCAAUAACAAUAUGAAUAGUAAUAGUAAUAAUAAUAUUAAUAGUAAUAGUAAUAAUAAUAAUAAUAAUAGUAACAUUAGUAGUAGUGCGAAUAUAAACAUUAAUAGUAAUGGUAACCUGAAUAACCAUAAUAUUGUUAAUGCCAACCCUUCUGGACUUAAUAACAAUCAUGUAGUGCUUAAUAAAAUUAAUAACAAUAAUAAUAAUAAUAAUAAUAAUAACAAUAACAUUAACAAUAACAUUAACAAUAAUAAUAAUAAUUUCGACUUCAGUGGGAAAAUAAAUACUAAUUCAUAUAUUGUAGAAAAUAAUAAUGGCUUAUUAAAAGGAUCAAAUAAUAUAAACAAUUUGUAUAAUAAUGUUUCAUAUGUUGAAGAUAAUAAAAUCGAUGAAGAAAUAUUAUAUGAUAAUGAAACCAUAAGUAAUAAUAUACAUAAUGAUGAUUUCUGCUCUAAUAAAAAUAGUGUUCUUAAAGAUAUAUUAUAUAAUAUGGAUCAUAAAAUGACAAACAAUAAUAAUUAUAAUCCCAGCUUUAUAUAUGAUGAUGAUACAACAACCACAGCGACCGUUACCAAUAAUAGUAAUUACCUGAACGGUCAGGUAAAUAGCCAAAAUGAAAUAGCCAAUAAUAAUAGUGUGCAAAAUGACAUGUUGGUUAAUCCUAUGUUGUAUAGGAAUUAUAUAUAUUCAAAUGCUGAAGCGGAUAAUAUGAAAAUGAAUUCAAAUUAUCCCCCUAAAAUGAUGAAUAAUAAUACCAAUAUGAUGUAUAAUCAUAAUAGCAAUUUUAAUCAUUUCAAUAAUUACAAUCGUAAUGUGAAUAAUUGA